ACAAAAAUGGCAGCUCGUUGAUGAAUUCAUCAUAGUAAUUGGUUUUAUUUUGUAGUUUUCAGUGUUAUUAACAAUCAUGAGCAGAAGCGCGAGCAGAAAUAAGAAGGUUAAAGUGUGGGGGAGAAUAAGACCCACUGCACAGUUUGCUACUAAUAACCUGGAACUUUUGCAAGACAAAAAGAGCAUCAGCGUCCAUCAAUACCGCGAUCCGAAGAAGGGCGUCGUCAACAACCAGAUAGUCGACUGGGCGUUCAAGUUGGAUGGGAUAUUUCACAACGCCAGUCAGGAUGAGGUGUUCGACACAGUCGCAUCCGAGAUUGUCACUGGAGCUCUUGAUGGCUAUAAUGGUACCCUGAUGUGUUACGGGCAGACAGGAGCAGGUAAAACAUUCACGAUGACGGGAGCCACAGAGAGUUACCAGCACCGGGGAUUGAUCCCGCGCAGUCUCUCCAAACUGUUCAAGGAGAUCGACGAUCGGCCGGAAAUGGCCAUCACCAUCAGAAUCUCGUACCUGGAGAUCUACAACGAGUCGAUGUUUGAUCUGCUCGCGACGCUGCCCGAGUCGUGGGCUCAAAGUUCGGCAGAGACAAUGGUCGUCGUGGAAAACCAGGACGGAGUCUACGUCAAGGGGCUGUCGUGUCACCUUGCGCAGAACGAGGAGGAGGCUCUCAACCUCCUGUUUGAGGGUGAAACGAACAGAGCAAUUGCAGCACACAGUCUUAAUCAGAUGUCUUCGCGAUCUCACUGCAUUUUCACAGUCUAUAUUGAGUCCCGAUCUCGAGUCCAGUCAAAUGCCAGGUACACCGUCUCCAAGCUGAACUUUGUCGAUCUGGCAGGAUCCGAGCGAAUUGGCAAAACAAAGUCUGAAGGGAAGACCCAAACAGAGGCGAUGUACAUCAACAAAUCGCUGAGCUUCCUCGAGCAGGUGAUAAUCGCUCUGUCGAACAAGCACCGCGAGCACAUUCCGUUCCGCCAGUCGAAGCUGACGCACUACCUGAAGGACUCGAUCGGAGGCCAGUGUAACACACUACUCGUCGCCAACAUGUGGGGCGAGGCCACCCAGCUCGAAGAAACGGUUUCUACUCUGAGAUUUGCGACUCGCAUGAUGUGUCUUAUGUGUGAACCAGCCGUCAACGAAGUCUACGAUCCAGCGAUUCUUGUAAAGAAGUUACAGAAAGAAAUUGCUCAUCUGAAGCAAGAAUUGGCUAUGCAUGAUACACUGACUAAUCGCAGUCAGAUUUUGUACGACCCACUGUCGGAACAGCAGAAAUACGAAGUGAAGCAGCAAGUCCGGAAAUACCUCGACGGAAUCCUUGAAGACAUAGACAUUGUAAAUCUUCGUCAGAUUCAGGGAACAUUCGAAGCCUUUAAAGAGGUUUAUUACCAGAUGGAACAAACUGUGGAGGAGAAACUGCGACAGAAGUACACACUUAUAGAUAAGACUGACUCCGCAGCCAUUGCCGCUGCUCAACAGGCUGGGAUCAGUAUUGCAGACGACGGGUCACUGGUCGGAGAAUCGGACGGGUCGGGUUUCGGUGUCGGAACUGCGCCCAAGUCUUUGAAGGCAGAACCAUCGGCUGUGGUGCAGCUAAAGAAAAAGGAGCGAGAGAGAGACAGGAAGAAGAGAGAGAGAGUUGCUACUGUCCAGAGUCCCGUUCCGGGUGGCAAGUCUGGCUCCAGCCCGUCCGGGAGUGCGAAGGGUGAGCGCGACAAAGACCGUGAGCGUGAGCGUGACCGUGAGCGUGACGCAAAGUCGCCGCAGACGUCGCUGGACCGUGAGCGUCGUGUUGUGGACAAGGACAUGGAGGAGUCUGCGUCGUCGGUCAGCUCCAUGGGGGUCCGUGUCGAGAAGCUGCAGAGACCAAGCACUCCUCCAAGCAGAACAUCAGCAUUUGAAGAAUUUAAGCAAGAAAAAGGCUCAGAAAUUAACCGCAUUUUGAUUGAGAAUAAAGAAAUCCUGGCCAAUAAGAAGAAGGCGUAUGCGGACUUGGCGCGCCAGAUAAACAACAUCAAGGUGGAGAUUGACGGCUCCAAGAUGAAGCUCGAUCAGCUCAAGGCCGAGAGAGAGGCCAACGGCCUUCAGUACAACGAGGAUGGUGACAUCAUCAUCAGUGAGGCGGAGUUUCUCGAGAUUCAGACCCUGAAGAACCUGAAGGAGCAGUACCGGAUGAGUUACGACGAUCUGAAGAAUCUCAAACUUGAAGUCCAGUACUGUCAGAACCUCGUCGACCAGUGUCGCCAGAAGUUAAUACAGGAAUUUGACACGUGGUAUACGGAGAGUUUCAUUGGUCCGACUGACGACCCUCAGACCAGUCAGAGAGCAGGUUAUGGACAGAGACUGGGCAACCUAAUUCCGUUCAACCCAAACAACAUCCCCCAGGAUGAGCAGGAGAAGUUUGACAACCUGCAGAUGGAUUUGCUAAUGAACAACCCGGACUCGGCCGCCUUCUACAACGCCCAGAUGCGCACACACAGGAGGAAAACGUAUGAGUCUGCAAUGAAUCAACCGCAACCAGCAUUUAGACGCAAGGCUGGAAUGCCGACAGUGUACGUGCGCAAUCAACCGCCAUCCAUUCUGCAAGUUCAGCCCUAAACGAUUACACGGACAUUUCGUUACAACGUACCCCAGUGAAACACUACUCCUUAUAGGAAACUGUGGACUUGGAAUUAUGUGCUGUGAAAUAUAUAUAUAUAUAUAUAAUAUUAAUUUAUAUCGUUAUGUUGACAUGAGUAUUGACUAUUGGUAAUGUUAUGGUAGGGGCCAUUCAAGUAUAAUGUAAUACUCGAGGGGUGGGUAACUAACUAAAUGUACAAAUGGUUAUGUGGCAUAUUACAGGGGGGUGGGUGGACAGAACAUUAUGUAAUGCAUUUUCGAAAAUGAAAUGCUUUUUUCUCACCUAUACACAGUAAUGUACAUGCAUACACACAAAAUAAUGAUUAUAAAUUGAGUUGAAAUGCAGUCCUGUGCUUUCCCAGAUUGUAAAAUGUAUUAUACCCAUCACAUACAAGCAGUAAUACAUUUUAAUGGGACUUGUUUGGUAAAUUGGUUAGGGUGUUAUGGUGUGGUACAUCUCCAUGCAUUACAUACUAUUUUUGAAUUGCUCAGUAUAUGGUCCAACACUACGGGGGGGGGGGGGGGGGGGUGGGGGGUUCCAAUUGUGACAACAUAGAGUUACUUAUAUUUUAACAGACUUUUAAAUGUAUAUUAAUAGAAAAAAAGUCACAAAAGGAUGAAUGGUGUUUAAAAUCAUCUGGUGUGCUGUGCAGCUGAAAACAUUGCUUUUGUAGUCGGUUACUUUCGAAACACUUACCGGUAGUGUUGGCACCAGUCAUAUUUAAUACUAUACAUAUAAUAUUAUGUACUCUGAUCUUCAAGCUAGGUUUUCUUAUCACAGGUGUUCAAGAGAGGUUAUUGAGAAAGUUGUUUUGUGUAAAUAAAGUAUUAAUACAUGUAUACUUUAUCAAUACAUAUAUUUUACAAAAUCAGUGUCUAAAGUUAUCUACUUUUUGCUCUUAAUAAUCUAGCAUCACAAAUAUAUUGAUCUGUCAAAAAACAUUUUGUUGAAGAACAUACAUUCGUAAUAAUUUUUAUAUACCUAAAAAAAAGAAGAAAGGAGUACAUGGUAUAAAAUGUAUUAUGUAUUAUAUGUAGACACCGAAUAAACAUAAAA